AUCGACACGACAUCGCACUUGCCAUGCGCUAAACGUAUGCAUGCUGCUAAUGCUGCAGCAUGGGGUGAUGGUGUAGCGGACAGUGAACUUUCUGAUUUCAAAAAUGGCAAAGCUGCUGGCGACACAAGUGCUGAAGAAAGUGGUGAUGCAGCAGCUGAAAAAGACGAGGAAAAUCUGAAUGAAAUUUUUGAUGGAAAUAUCCGUGGUCCUGGCGCAACAAAUGUGUCCAAGGAUCACGUAACAACCACUCGAACUGUGAUGGGCAGACUUGCGGGCAUUAACAAAGAUCUCGCAGUCUCAAUUUCGGGGCUCGCAAGCAAUGGAGUUAAUGCAGUCACACAUCUAAAAGACAGAUUGGUCUGCAUUUACAACGAGUUUUCACUUUCGUCAAUCGGGCUCCUUCUGUUGUCUGAUGACACGAGAGAAUCCGAUUCGAGCGGCUCCUCCAGCGAAUCAAGUUAUUCCGAUUCUGAUUCUGAAGUGGAAACAGACUCAGACAGCAGCACAGAGGAAGACGAAUCCGGUACUUGCUUUUCGACCAUACUUAAUGAUAGGUUGAACACUAUGGCUUACAAACAGUGCCAAGGUUAUGGCUAA